AUGCACUUCUCUAUCACUUCCAUCGGUCUCGUUCUUGCCUCUCUGGCGGGAUCCUCCGUUGCUACUCCCCAAGGAACGUCGGGGGGUAUCGAAGUGCAGGUUACCUUUUACGGCACUAGUACCAACCAAGUCAUUGAAGCCGUCCCGGAUCAGUGCACACUUUCUUAUGCAAUGGUUAUUACUGAUGUUUCGGUGUCAACCGGAUCUUGCAAUCUCUACUCAACUCUGGAUUGCUCGGGAGACUCCCAGCACGUUGGCACUGGAAGGUCCACCGUCAACCAGAUGACCGUUUCCAGCGUCAGAUGUGAGCUGUGACUCGGGACGGAGAA